CCGGCGUCGGCCCGUAGUCUCCGCCGCCGCCUCUGCGCCUGUGUCUGAAACCUCUGGCCCGGCCGGACCCGGUCUAGUCCGCCCGGGCUCAGCGGCCGCGGGCUGCGGCUCCCGAUGGAAAUUAUAUGACAGACUAUUUGGGGUGACAUCUUGAAAGAUCUUCAAGAAUUGCAGAAGACAAAAAACACUAAUGCAUUUGAGAAAGUGGUAAAGUUUGGGGGGAGGGGAAAAAGCUGCUUUCCUGAUCUGCAACUUGGCUGGAUGCUAAGAUGUCUGUGGACAUGAAUAGCCAGGGGUCUGACAGCAAUGAAGAGGACUAUGACCCAAAUUGUGAGGAGGAAGAAGAGGAUGAGGACCCUGGGGACAUAGAGGACUAUUACGUCGGAGUAGCCAGCGAUGUGGAGCAGCAGGGGGCCGAUGCCUUUGAUCCUGAGGAGUACCAGUUUACCUGCUUGACCUACAAGGAAUCUGAGGGUGCCCUCAAUGAACACAUGACCAGCUUAGCCUCUGUCCUAAAGGUAUCUCAUUCAGUUGCUAAACUUAUAUUAGUUAAUUUCCACUGGCAAGUUGCAGAGAUAUUGGACAGAUACAAGUCUAACUCUGCUCAGCUGCUCGUCGAGGCUCGAGUUCAGCCUAGUCCCUCAAAACAUGUUCCCACGGCCCACCCCCCUCACCACUGCGCAGUGUGUAUGCAGUUUGUGCGCAAGGAAAACCUACUUUCUCUGGCCUGUCAGCACCAGUUUUGCCGUAGCUGCUGGGAGCAGCACUGCUCAGUACUUGUCAAGGACGGCGUGGGUGUGGGAGUCUCUUGCAUGGCUCAGGACUGUCCACUCCGAACACCAGAGGACUUUGUGUUUCCAUUGCUGCCCAAUGAAGAAUUGAGAGACAAAUACAGGCGCUACCUCUUUAGGGACUACGUGGAGAGUCAUUACCAGCUCCAGCUGUGCCCUGGUGCAGACUGCCCCAUGGUUAUUCGGGUACAGGAGCCUAGAGCUCGCCGAGUACAGUGCAAUCGGUGCAACGAGGUGUUCUGUUUCAAGUGUCGUCAGAUGUAUCACGCCCCCACAGACUGCGCCACAAUCCGGAAAUGGCUCACGAAGUGUGCAGACGACUCUGAAACAGCCAACUACAUUAGUGCUCACACUAAAGACUGUCCCAAGUGCAACAUCUGCAUUGAGAAGAAUGGAGGCUGCAACCACAUGCAAUGCUCCAAGUGUAAACACGACUUCUGCUGGAUGUGUCUAGGAGAUUGGAAGACCCAUGGCAGCGAGUAUUAUGAGUGCAGUCGGUACAAGGAGAACCCCGACAUUGUCAACCAGAGCCAGCAGGCACAGGCCAGGGAGGCCCUCAAGAAGUACUUGUUCUACUUUGAGAGGUGGGAAAACCACAAUAAGAGCUUGCAGCUGGAGGCACAGACCUAUCAGCGGAUUCAUGAGAAGAUUCAGGAGAGAGUCAUGAAUAAUCUGGGGACGUGGAUCGACUGGCAGUACCUACAGAAUGCUGCCAAGCUCUUGGCCAAGUGCCGGUACACCCUGCAGUACACUUACCCGUAUGCCUACUACAUGGAAUCUGGACCCAGGAAGAAGCUGUUUGAAUACCAGCAGGCUCAGCUGGAGGCUGAGAUCGAGAACCUGUCAUGGAAGGUGGAGCGCGCAGACAGCUAUGACAGAGGGGACUUAGAGAACCAGAUGCACAUAGCAGAGCAGCGGAGGAGAACCCUGCUGAAGGACUUCCAUGACACCUAGACUGGGACACGGACACGCAGGAGUGAGGACGAUGUGGCUGCGAGGCCUCCCGGCUGCCGAACUGCAUGCUGCAGGCUCUGCCUUUCACCACCUCAGGCAACAGCCUGGGCCCCACUCCUAACAGACACUGGCCACACAGUCCAUUUCUGUUUUCUUCUCAUCUUUUCGCUUUUUGUUUCUACCAGGGUAGAGGCCAUGUUGAAUUGGCCUCUUUUCAGGACUUUUAAUUCCCCCUGGAUGGUUGUUGGGAGGGAGGGAAAGUUUUUUCUGAAUGACUAUUAAUAGUAUUAGAUCAUUACAACUUAUGUAAUUUUCAAAGGUUGUAUAAUUAUACAAAAAAAAAA